UGAAGUCCGAAUAAACCAAGCCAGGCACACACGAGGCGACGAAGCCGAGGAGGAAGGCUGACAAACCUAGAAUGGCAGGCGGUCGGGAUUCUGCCGCCUUAGCCUGCGGGGGAAAUCGCGCCGCCAAAUUUCUCUCAGCCUCGCCGCCGACCUCAUUCUUUCGCAACGUAAUGGAGCUGUUGUAUAUCUCGAUCGUUCAAUGCCGCUCUUCACGGGUCGCCAUAUCUCUCUAAAUAAUAUAUUACAGCUGGUAUACAAUUAGACGCAUUGGAAUACCCCCAGCUGAUACCGCCACGGAUCUACGACUCAUCCCAGUCAUACCAGCCGGAAUAACCAUCUCGACUGAUUAAAAAACCUCACCCACCCAGCGCCCCGCCAACCACCAAAAUGUCGCGCGGCGGCCGAGGCGGCGGCCGAGGAGGCAUGCUCAAAGGCGUCUCCUGGGAAUACGAUCCCACGCAAACCCUCGACUCAGCCCCCACCGAGCUCUUUCCUGAGUACACAAUCCCAUUCGCUUCCCCCGCCACCCCCACCGAGCAGCGCGCAGUGCGUCUCUACAAAGACCUGCGCGAGCAGAUCCAUCAUGGCCCUCUAUACACGAAGGCGCCGCCGCGAGACCCGAAUACGGCGCCCAAGGUGUUCGGCGAGGAGCAGGAGAACGAGCUUUUUGAGAUGCGGGGGCGCACAGACACGGAUCCGUUCGUGGGUGUGCCAACAUAUACGAUGAAGUAUGACAGGAAGGAGAGGGCGAUUCCUAUGUUGUCAGGGAGGCCGUUCAUCAAAGCUUUCUUCCCCGCGGAACUCCACGUCACGCUUGAAGGUUCGGAUGGCCUCGCGGCACGGGGCACCAUCUCGCGCGCCAUCCGUAAGAAGCUAAUCCUGGCGCGCGAACCGGGGCUUGCGGGCGCGACGGAGGAGGAGCGGAAACGUGCGUUGCUGGCGAAGCUGGAUGGGGCGGCGGAGGAGGAUGGGGAAGAGGAGGAAGGCGAGGAGGAGGGCGAAGAGGAGGACUAUAAUUAUGAGGAUGAUGAGGAGGAGAUGGGUGGGGAUUAUGAUGCGGAGCAGUAUUUCGAUGAUGGUGGGGAAGGGGGAGAUGAUGAUGAAGGAGGGGGAGGUGGGGAUGAUUAUUAGGUUGAUGGGCGGGUGAGUGAGUUUGGGGGGUAGAGGUGAAUUAUGGAGUUAUGAGGAUAUGUUUAUCAAUACGGAGGUACUGUGGCGGUUUGGAAAUCUGGAGUGUAGUAGAUACCUAAAUCGGCAUUCAUAUAUAUGAUGAUCGACUUACCACGUCCAUCCGUAUUAAGUUUAUAUUCAGAUGCUUCAGC